AUGAAAAUUGUAGACCUCAUGGUAUGGUUUGUCAUAUCAUUCGUCCAUUUUGCGCUAGCAGUGGACAAUGUUUUCCUUGGUGACAAUAUUUAUUAUGCUGUAAACUGUGGUGGACUGGCACACACAGAUCUUAAUGGUGUCCAUUAUGAAGCAGAUCCGUUACGCGUUGGCAUUGCAUCUAAUUUUGGCAAUAGGCUAAUGAUAAUGAAAGUUGAUCCACGCGAUGCUAUUCUUUAUCAGACUGAGAGGUAUCACACAGAAGACUUCACUUAUACGGUACCAUUACCAAAGGAUGAUGGUGAAUAUACAUUGGUCCUCAAAUUUUGUGAAGUUUAUUUUCAAUCUUCUCAGCAAAAGGUCUUUGAUGUCUUGCUUAACGAUGAAGUAGUGAUCGCAGAUUUAGAUAUAUUCAAGGAAGCAGGAGGCACUGGAGUUGCUUAUGAUCGUCUACUGACAUUUCAUGUUGAAAAUGGUGUUCUGAUAUAUGGAGACCGACAUGAUUCAUCUGGGUAUAUGAAAAUCACGUUAGGCAAGGGUGUUUUGGAUAAUCCGAAAAUAAACGCAUUUUACAUUUAUCGUGGUCCUCAAGCGGAUAUCCCGCUUCUACGAGACGUAUCAUUUGAUGAGGAAAUAGAAGAGGAGGAAUAUGAUGAAGAAGCAGAUAUCAAGUCGCGUAUUGAGGUUAAUCGCUUCAAAGAUGAGCCCUUAGUGGAAGAUCCUUAUGCUGAGCAGGAUACAAGCCAUAUGUUCAUACCGUUCCUAAUAGCUUUUGCUUGUUUUUUUCCUGUACUGUUCUGUUUAUAAUCUAUGGACACUGAUAGUGUACCGCCUGCAAAUGCGCUUCGAUUACUUAAGAAAUUCUUUGGCCAUAACAGUUUCCGGCCUCUACAAUGGAGAGUGAUUCAAAAUGCAUUAAGCGAGAAAGAUCAGAUAGUGGUAAUGUCAACAGGUUAUGGUAAAAGUGUUUGCUAUCAGUUGCCAUCAUUGUACACUGAAAAAUUAACCAUUGUUAUAUCACCAUUGAUUUCUCUCAUGAAUGAUCAAGUGGAAAAUGCCCGGAGCAAUGGUAUUCAAGCAGCUUGCAUAAGUAGUGAAACGAACUCGGACGAGCAGCGGUCAAUCCUUGCAUCUGAUGAUCUGCGGUUACUUUAUAUCACUCCUGAAUUUGCUCUCCAUUGUGAUUCAUUGUUAAAACAAGUUCGUAAAAAUGUUAAUUUACUGGCAGUCGAUGAAGCUCAUUGUGUUUCUGAGUGGGGACACGAAUUUCGGCCCAGUUAUCGACAGUUAGCAAAAAUCCGUGAUCUCUUUGGUAAAAAUGUUCCAGUGAUGGCGCUCACGGCUACAGCUACACAACAAGUCAGAAUGGACAUUGCUAUCACUUUGGAACUCUAUCAACCAAUCAUUACUCUUGCGCCCUUGGAUAGGCCAAAUUUAUAUUUGUCAGUACGCACUCCAACAAGUCUUGAAGAAUUACUGCAUUUGCUUAGUGAAGAUGAAAAAAAUGAGAAACAUUUCAAUGGUCCAACGAUCAUCUAUUGCUGCACCCGUAUUCUGGUUGAUGAAGUUUACGAGUGUUUAUCUAAGAAAGGAGUGCAAUGCGCGCGAUAUCAUGCAGGAAUGUCAGCAGCAGCAAAGCGAAAAGCUCACGAAUACUUCAUGAAAGAUCGCAUAACAACGAUUAUUGCAACGGUAGCAUUCGGUAUGGGAAUUGAUAAACCGGACGUACGUAAUAUUAUCCAUUAUGGAGCCCCAAAAAAUAUGGAAAGUUAUUACCAAGAAAUUGGAAGAGCAGGACGUGAUGGUUGUCGCAGCAAAUGCAUCAUAUUUUACAAGGACCAAGAACUGGCUAAACAUCGGUAUUGUAUACUGAAGGAACAAAACUUGAAAGAAGAGUAUAAGAAACAUCUGUUAGAAAUGCUCUCGUUAAUGGAACGAUUUCUUCAUGCGACAAGCUGCAGACGAUUUAUGCUUCUAUCUCAUUUUGAUGAACGCGUGAAAAAAGAAGCAGCAAGUGCAGGAUGUUGUGAUAUAUGUGAUCAACUCAUCCGUUCUGAAAAUAGUACUAUCGAUCGUUCAUUAACUAAUUCGACAAAUUAUGGUGAUGAAGCAUUGAUAUUACUUCGAGCUAUAAACAUAUUUGGGGGAUACACUGGUCUAGGAAAAGUGAUCGAUUUUGUCAAAGGGAAAGCAAAUGUUAUCCAAGCAAAACAAAAAAGCGAAUAUUAUGGAUCAGGAAAGCAUAAAACAGAAGUUUUUUGGAAAGAGCUGGGACGCAUACUAAGGAUGAAUGGUUAUAUCAUUGAGACAAAAAGCUCAUUUAACAAUUUUGCCCACCUUAUAUCGCUUUCUGAUAAAGGAAAAAAUUGGUUGUACGGAAAGAACAGGGAACUAUACUUUGAACCAACACCCUCGUUAAUUGGUCGGAUUCGAGUAAAUGACGGACAUUAUAUAUCUCGAAAUAGCGAACCGCUUUCUUCCAAAACAUUGAGUUUCACAAAACAGCGUGAAUGGAAGGAUUGCAGUUGUUAUGGCGAACUAAUGUGCUCCAGAGAUAUCACUGCUUCUGAUCAGCUCGAAAAAGUGUUAUUUGAAACCCGUACAAAUCUGGCUAUAGAAUAUAACUGUGGUGCCCACAUUGUUGCAUCAAAUAAAUGUAUUCAACAGCUAGCAACGCUACGGCCAUCUUGCACGCAAAAUCUGUCCAUAAUCGAUGAAAUGACGGAGGAAAGACAAAGAAAAUUUGGACGAAAACUUGUGGAUACAAUUAUAAAAUUCUGCACUACGCAUAAUAUAUCUAUGGAUUGCAUGAGCGAUUCAGCUUUGCCGAAAGAGAUAGAAAAAGGAAUGAGCGCGUUGAAUGAAACUUGUAUCGAUGUUUAUCGAAAUCAUAUCAAGGGAAAACUAUCACUGGGUGAUUUGGCGGAGCUGCGUGCUAUAAGUGAAGGAACCGUAGCUUCAUAUUUUUUGAAUUUCGUGAAGAAUGGUUUACCGAUUUAUCUGAAAGUUCUUGGGAUAAAGAAACAGCAUAUAGAUAUUGUUUACAGUACUAUUCGAGAACAUGGAUCAGACAUUUUACGUCUGAAGCCUAUCAUGGAGGCACUUCCAAAAGAUUUCAUAGACUACAAUCGGCUGAAAAUUAUUUUUGCGAUCCUGGAAUACGAAUAUGGUGUUGUUGAAGACUCAGAAGAAACAUUGUGUGGUGCUGGUUCAAGUGAGAACACCAACAAACGAAGUAUUCCAUCGAGAACACCAACAAACGAAAACGAGAACACCAACAAACAAAAUAUUCCAAGCGAGAACACCAACAAACGAAAUAUUCCAGAUUGGAUGAAGGCACAGACAUCGCACUCAUUACAGAAUAAAAGAAGGAAAAAAUCAAACUUGUUGAAUUAA